CAGUGAUUGAAUUGAAGAAGGUGAAGAUGGAGAUGAAGAUGAUGGAAGCUGCAUUGCAAGGUGCUGCAAGACAGGCCCAGGCAAAAGCUGAUGAGAUUGCAAAGUUUAUGAAUGAAAAUGAACAAUUAAAAUCUGCGAUCGAGGAUUUGAAGGAAGGUGAUGCUGCUGUUGCCGUUGCUGAGGAGGUGAAGAAGAACAACCAUGUAGUAAGAAAGUUGGAGAAGCGUCAACAUAUUUGCACCCUUGACCAGCAUAUUGAAGAGCAAUUUGGUUGUGGUCGUCUAUUGGCUUGUAUCUCAUCACGACCUGGACAGUGGCUGUGCUGGUGGGAUGGGAAAACAUUGGACAAUGAGUUGGAGGUUGUUGAGGGAAUGAAGCUAGAUAGGGGCUACAUAUCCCCUUAUUUCAUCACCAACCAGAACAAUCAGAAAUGUGAAUUGGAAAAUCCUCUAAUCAUAAUCCAUGAGAAGAAAAUCUCAAGUAUUAAUGAUGUGGUUAAAGUAUUGGAGUUGGUUUUGCAGGUUAGCAUUUCUCUGGUUAGGUUCACUAGUUUCUUCGUUUUUACUAUGAAUUGGUUGACAAACUUUUGCUCCUUUUCAGAAGCAAAGUUAUGAUUUCAGAUCUGUAGAUAACCUGUUGUUGCUGAUAUUGCUACACGGGAGGAGAACAGAACAACUUGGAAAAUGUGCAAGAAGGGAGAGCUAACUCAUACAACGAAGAACAAAUUGAUGAAGUUAAGAUCAAAUUAGUAGAAUUUGUGAGCUCUCCAUUAUUUAUAAUUAUAGGUAGGAAGUAUGUAUGUAAUAGAGCAAAGAUUGGUUGACUAUGUAAUAACAAUUGAAUUGUCAAGUUUUAUGAAAGAAAUAAUUUUUGCUUCUU